AUGGCAUCCUCCAACCCGUCCGGCUCCAUCGCUAGAAUCACCAAAGAAAUCGCCAACAUCCAGAAGGGCUCCGACCUGUCACUCGCCGUCGCAUUCAAGGAUACUGACGUCCGCCACGUUCGCGCGCUCAUCGUCGGCCCCCCCGACACGCCUUACGAGUUCGGCUUCUUUGAAUUCAGCAUCAAGUUCGGGCACGACUAUCCCAUCAAAGCGCCCAGCGUUCGUUGCAUCACCACCAACUAUGGCCGCACCCGCUUCAAUCCCAAUAUCUACAACUGCGGUAAGGUUUGUCUUUCCAUUCUUGGCACGUGGGAGGGGGAGCCGGGCGAGCAGUGGAGCAGUGCGCAGGGGCUGGAGAGCGUGUUGUUGAGUGUGCAGAGUCUAAUGAGCGCCCAUCCCUACGAAAAUGAACCUGGCUUCGAGGGGAUGUCGAAGAAGGAGGAGACCAAGCCUCGCAACUACAUCGCCAAGAUCCGCCAUGAGACGAUUCGCAUUGCUGUGCUGCAACGUCUGGAAACCUUGCUGGAUAUUGGGGAGGACGCAACGCUAGUCACGCCCACCCGUCGAUCAAAGGAGAAGACCUACAGCGCCGAAGUCGCGUAUCAAGCUCUCACCGAGCCGUGGGACCCUUUUGCCGAUCUGCUGAAGCGUCGCUUCCUCUGGUACUACGACACCUACGCCAAGACGAUCGAGCGCGCAAGCAGCGAGCAGAGGGAUGGCGAGCGCUUCGACAUUAUGGAAUUCGAGGGCGGCAACAGCAACUGGAUGAUCGGUCGCUUCGAAUACAAACGCCUCGAGCAGCGCUUGAAGAACGUGGCGCAAGCUCUCGAGAAGGAGCGGAAAGACUGGGAGCGAGAAGGCGCGCAGCAAGUGCAGCAGCAGACCCAACCCGCCGUUCAACUCGCAUUCCAAUUCAAGCAGCUUCAGCAGCGCUGGAAUCAAGGCACCUACUCGUGUGCCAAGAAGGAAAUCAGCCUCCCCGAUCCCACCAACCCCUUCGUCUGGAACCUCACCCUCUUCGGCAAACCCAUGAGCAACCUCGACGGCGGCGUCUUUAACAUUACCCUCUCCAUCCCGCCCAACUUCCCCGAGGCGCAGCCUCGCGCCAAAAUGGAGACCCCCAUCUUCCACCGCCGCGUCACCAGCGCCGGAUACCUCUGCUACUUCCCCCCGAAACCAGAGGAGAUCUCCUCCCACCUGCAAGCCAUUGUCGCCGCGCUCGAAGACGACGAGAACCCCACCUUCGACCCGCGCGCCGUUGUCAACAUCGCCGCGUUCGACCUCUUUUGGGGCGGGGAGGAGAAGCGCAAGGUCUACCAUCGCAAGCUGAGGAGGAGUGCGCAGGAGAGUAGUGAGUUUUGA